AUGGAUGUUUCCGAGUGCGAGUCCCUUCAGAAAGUGAAAGCAAAGGAACCAAACAAGGUUGGUUCUGAAAACGGCAUCGUUUUGAUGAAGGAAGAAGAUGUUGAGUGGGGUCCACAACCGUUCAUGAAGAAGAUAUUGAAAAUGGUGGAAGAUGAGAGCUCGAACCCAAUUGUAUCGUGGGGUGAAGGGCGUUGUAGUUUCGUGAUUUGGGAUUCUGCUAAGUUCAGUAAAACCAUUCUUCCAAACUACUUCAAGCACAGUAACUUCUCUAGCUUCCUUCGCCAACUUAACAACUAUGGGUUUAAGAAGGUUAAUCCAAAGCGUUGGGAGUUUGCAUGUGAAGGUUUUCAACCAGGAAAAAGGCAUUUACUGAAGCAUAUCGUGAGAAGAGGAAGAAAGAAUAAGUUGUGUAAUGAACAACUUCGAGGUGAAGUUGAGGAGCUGAAGAAGGAGAAGAACGUGUUAGCACUGGAAAUUCUAAAGCUCACACAACGGCUUAGGGAUUCACAGGUUCAACUUAACAAUUUUGAAGAACGGCUUCGGUAUGUUGAGUUGAAGCAAUAUCAGAUGUUGGAUUUCUUCAGCAGAAUGGUCCAAGUGCCUGGUUUUGUUGAGCAAUUGGUUCACAAGAUUCAGCAGAAAGAUGGGGUUGAUGGGGCAGACAUGGUUAUGAGAUGCAAAUUUUUGGGACCUCAGUACUAUUUGAGCUUCUCUAAUAAGGGCACUAACACUAGCUCAAACUUUGGUUAUUAUAGACAGCAAGGUUUUGAACAAAAUGGUAUCACCAGCUUCUGUCCUGUGAAAGAUGAUUCAUACAUAUCUACACAAGGGCCGAGGACUGAUGGUUAUGAUGUGUCACAUGCUUAUGAUGGUGUGUUAGAAGAAUUACUAAGUGAGAAUUUUGGUGAGGAUGUAAAUGUAAGUGUGAAUGAGUCAAAUAUAUAUCUUGAGUUGGAGAGUUUGAUUGGAUCCACAAGUGGAUUGAUGGGGUGA